CAUGUUCUCUUUCCCAAUGCCCUAGGUGCCUGCAGCACUUUAUCCAAGAGUUCUGGAGCUCAUGGAUCUGGGAUUAAAGGUUUUAGAACCCACACUUAUCUGAAGGCGAUCCGGGGAAGUUCGGUCUUGUUGCAAGUGAUCCAGGAGCCAGAGGAUCCCAAGAUACAGGAGAUCUCCUGGGGCUUCGCCUCUGAUUCAAACUCCACAUUCAUGCUGAGACUCCAGAAUGGGAAGGAAGAUCCACUGUGGUUCAGUCUCCAGGACAAGUACAAGCAGAGGGUCCAGGUGCCCAGUAUGUCAUCCCUGAGGAUUAACAAUUUGACCUCACAGGACAGUGGGCAGUACUGGGCCCAGAUCAUGUUUCAGACGGGGAGAGAAAUUAAAGGACUUUUCAUCCUCACUGUUUAUGAUCCUGUGCCCCUUGCCCAGAUCCGGACCACGUCAGCGUCCAUCACGCCCAGCUGGUGCAAUGUCACUCUGGAUUGUGGGGCCCGAGAGGCUGUACAGUUCCUGAAUGUAACCUGGGAGGUCCAUGGCCCCCCCAGUGAGCGGGAGCAGAGAGGGGUACCAGGACCCCCCAACCCCUGGACCCUGGCCCUGAGCCUGCCGCUGAGGCAGCCCAAUGUCAGCCUCACCUGUGUCCUCAGCAACCCAGUGGACCAGAAAAAUGCCACCUUACAGCUCGUUGACCUCUGUAGCCCAGCGCCCACAGCUGGCCACACGAGAGGCGCCAUAGGGGCCUUCCUGGCUGGGUUUUUCAUCCUGGGAGUCGGAGGGUUCCUGUUCCUUUGGCACUUACGAGAGAAGGAGAAGAAGAAGAAGAAGAAGAAGAAGAAGACAAAGAUGGAGAUGGAGAUGGAGAGAGGGUUGGAGGUUUCCCUGGCACAGAAUCAAGCUCCAGUCUGUCAAGACUCAGAUGCGGGAUUGCCAGUGGACCCCAGGGCCAAGGACGAUGCAGUCUAUGCACAGCUGACGGCACAGGAUUCUCUGAAGGGCAAGCGGAAGGUGAAAACUGAUAUUGAUGAGAAACAUCUGGAAGGAAAGGGGCCCUGCACCAGUGUUUACAGCAUGGUCCAGAGACCAGGCCAGGCCUUGAAGAUGACUUAUUAGGAGGAGGGAGGAGAACCCAGCACUAGGGAGACACCUGCACUCUGCACCUGACACCUGCGGAUACCUACUUCCUCUGACUUCAGUCCAGCUCAAGAUGCCACUGGUCUGCAUGAGCCUGACCUAGUGGUCAUCUCUACCUCUGUGGGCUCAUGUGGCCCUGUCACUUCUCCUGCCACCUUCCCAAGCUUCCCUCACGCUCAGAGCUCUGGUGCCAUCCAGCCAGGGUUCUUCCUCUGUCACUGCUGUGGCUUCUGACCCCUCCCUUUCAGAAGCCUUCCCAAAGAGAACCUUGCCCGACUCUGCAGCUGGCACAGCCUCGCCACCUCUGCUGCGUCACUCUUGCCAUUCUGAGACCUCAGGUCCAGGUGUGGGCACCAUGAAGGGGUGCUGACUUGCCCUAGUGGAGGGGGUGAAGAUGGUCCUGCCACUGAAUUGGGGCUGAUGGAGGCAGCGUGGCGAGUGGGAGCCCAACUUCCUUUCUAGGUUUUCCUUCCUUUCCUUGUGUAGGGUUUCUCUGGAGCUAAGUGUGUGUGUGUGUGUUGGGGGAGUUUCUUGUGCUCAUUACACACCAGAGCCAGAGUGGCCUUCCCGGUUUCCUGUGCUAACCUGGACAUAAGCCUCAAACUCCUGCAAACCCAUCAUUCUGUGGACUGGGAAGAGGAAUCCAUAUUAUUUCAGGUCCUUCUCAACUUUCUCUUUUCCUGAGAAUGACCCUGGACUCCCCAGACUGGGGUUGAAUUUUUUUUUUUCCUUUUUAACUGGCAUAUUAUAUUUUUAUGACAGUGAGACUUGCUAUGAUAUACUCAUAUGGGCACACAAUAAAACAGCAUAAUUGAAUCAA